CCUGAUGUGUCGUGUGAUUCAUAGGGCCUUUGUGGCUGUAAUAUCACAUCAUGAGUUACCGCUAUGGAUUUUAUCGCCGCCUCAUCCAGGGGCUGUUAAUCUGUGUAGCAGCCUGGACAGGGCUAGAAGGCUUGUUUGUGCAUCAUCGAAUUUCCGCCGUCGAGCAGAUACAGCGUCAAGGGACGCGCCGGGGCGAGCGGAUUUACAUUGCAAGCAUGCACUGGAACAAUGAAGCUAUUCUUCGAAGCCACUGGAACGAUGCCCUGAUCCAGGUUGUCAAAACAUGGGGUGCAGAGAACGUCUUCGUCAGUGUAUUUGAAAGUGGAAGCUGGGAUAAUACCAAGGGGGUUCUCCAGCAACUGGAUAAUGAGUUGGAUCGGCUGGGUGUCCGACGAAACGUCACGCUUUCCGACACAACUCAUCAAGAUGAAAUCUCGGCGCCUUCGAACGAAGGCUGGAUUGACACGCCGCGCAACAAAAAGGAGCUUAGACGCAUACCUUAUCUCGCUCGGCUGCGGAACUUGACAGUGAAGCCUUUGGAAGAUCUGAUACGACAAGGUAUCACGUUUGAUAAAGUUCUUUUUUUGAAUGAUGUGGUUUUCACGGUUGAAGAUGUGCUGUCCUUGCUAAACACGAACGACGGUCAGUACGCAGCAGCUUGUUCUCUGGACUUUUCGAAGCCGCCUCAAUAUUACGAUACAUUUGCUCUGCGUGAUUCCGAGGGGAGCGAGACCGUGAUGCAGAAAUGGCCUUACUUUCGCGCUGCAGCUUCGAGAAACGCGCUCUUGGCAAUGUCCCCGGUGCCUGUCAGAAGCUGCUGGAAUGGCAUGGUGGCCAUGCCGAUAGAGCCAUUUGUGUCAGAUAAACCAUUGCGAUUUCGAGGUAUUCCUGACUCCCUUGCGCUUCAACAUCUCGAGGGCUCCGAAUGUUGUUUGAUUCAUGCGGACAACCCUCUCUCAAGUACGAGAGGCGUCUAUCUCAACCCUAACGUUCGUGUCGGCUAUAAUGCACAAGCAUACGAUUCUGUUCACCCUGCUUCCGCCUGGAUAGGGCUGCAAAGUGUAGCUAUAGCGCUCUGGGAAAACAGAUUUCGACGCUGGGCUACGACAUCGCUUCUGAAGAGAUUCGUCGUUCGGAAACGAGUGAAUCGUUGGAAAGCAGACCUCGACGACAGAGAGGAACCUGGAGAGUUCUGUUUGAUCAAUGAGAUGCAAGUUCUCAUUUCCAAUGGUUGGGCACACGUGUGAUACAUCGGUAGUCAUGAUGUUGCUUCUUUCAGGACUUUUGAUACAAACCAUGGCCUAAGAACUACCGUAAUCACAUUCCUGUACCUAAACACAAGGAAGUGCUUUGCAAGUGAAUAGCUCUCGCGGCCUUGACCAGGCGCUUAACGAGGGAUAUGGGCGCUCCCCCUUUCCUUGUCAAGCCAUCGGCGAUUCUAUUUAUACGCUCAAUGUCAGGAUCUGCCUAGGCUUUGGGCGUUUAUUGAUGUUGCCUCCGAUAAUAUUUUCAGUCGCCUUUUGUGGGCGACUUCUUCCCUGUUCGUGGCCAUGGAAUUGUUUGGCGCAGAUCAAGCGCUGGCUGUCAUAAGGCUGGGGUUGAACUGAGUGUGGUGUCUAAUAGAGAAUCGGAUUCGCACGUUCAAAUCAUAUACAUGAACAUAGACAAUUGAGGUUUCUCG